AUGGCCACAAAUUCGAUCAAGCUCCUAACGGGCAACAGCCAUGGGCAGCUCGCGAAGCUGGUCGCGGAUCGUCUCGGCAUUGAGCUCGCGAAGAUUAUGGUGCUUCAGUACAGCAACAAUGAAUCAAGCAUCUCAAUUGGUGAGAGUGUGCGCGACGAAGAUGUGUUUAUCAUACAAUCGACCGAGCCCGGCAACAUCAACGACCACGUCAUGGAACUGCUCAUCCUGAUCAACGCCUGCCGAACCGCUUCCGCGCGCCGCAUAACCGCAGUUCUACCCAACUUCCCCUACGCCCGCCAGGACAAGAAGGAUAAGAGUAGAGCUCCUAUCACCGCCAAGCUCAUGGCCAACAUGCUGCAAACGGCCGGCUGCAACCAUGUCAUCACCAUGGAUCUGCACGCUAGCCAGAUCCAGGGCUUCUUCAAUGUCCCUGUGGAUAACCUCUACGCUGAGCCCUCCACGCUGCGAUGGAUCAGAGAUAAUCUCGUUGUUAAGGACUGUGUAAUUGUCUCCCCCGACGCUGGUGGAGCGAAGCGUGCAACCAGCAUCGCAGACGGACUCGAUCUCGGGUUCGCACUCAUCCACAAGGAAAGAGCAAGACCCGGCGAGGUAUCGCGCAUGACACUGGUCGGAGAUGUCAAGGGACGAAUUGCCAUCAUCGUGGACGACAUGGCAGACACGUGCGGAACAUUGGUCAAGGCAGCAGACGUGGUUAUGGAGAACGGCGCGAGUGAGGCCAUUGCGAUAGUGACGCACGGCAUCUUGAGCGGCAACGCCAUUGAGAAGCUGAACGGAAGUCAGUUGAAGAAGCUGGUCGUGACGAACACGGUCCCACACGAAGCGAAAAAGGCUCUCUGCGAUCGGAUAGAGACCAUCGACAUUAGCCCCACGCUCGCAGAGGCAUGUCGGAGAACGCACAAUGGCGAGAGUGUUUCUUUCUUGUUCAAGCAUGCACCUACGGAUUGA